CUUCCCGGCCUGAGGGAGCGAAGGAGGCCGCUGCUUUCCUGUCCCUCCCGGGGUAUAACGACGGCUCGGUCGUGGAGGGCUUCGCUCCGGCCGCCUGAUAGGAAAGCCUGGGCCGCGCGGCGCGGAGGAGGCAGCCGUUGACCCGGCGCGUGGGGUGUCUAUCCCGGCCUGAGAAAGGGAUUUUUCUUCGGUCCCCGGCCGAGACGGAGCUAACGAGGCUUCCCUCCUCAGGAGUAGCGGCGGCGGAGGGUCCCCUUCGGAGGCACCAUGACCUACCAAUGGAGCGCCGUGGCCGCCUUUCUCUACGGCGAAAUCGCCUUGUUGCUCCUGCUCUGCCUACCGCUCGUCUCGCCCGUGAGAUGGAAUAAGAUUUUUAUGAUCUCUGUAUGGAAUAAAAUUGCAAGCUAUUGGAACAAGACAUUCCUUACUAUUAUAAUUAUAUUAAUUGUUUUAUUUCUUGAUGCAGUAAGAGAAGUGAGGAAAUACUCAACUGUUCAAUUAAGUGAAGACAGCCCCCAUUCGAGUCCCACGGCAUUCGAUCACAUUCACAUGAAACUUUUUAGAUCACAACGAAAUCUUUAUAUAUCAGGAUUUUCCCUCUUUCUUUGGCUUGUAUUGAGACGUCUUGUUUCCCUUAUCACUAUCUUGGCAAAAGAGAUGGAAAUGGAGAAUAUUCUAAAAAUGGAAGUGGCAAACAGCAAUGAAAUUGCCCGGAAAUGCUUAGAAGAAAACGAAAAAUUGCAACUGUUAUUGAAGGAAAUUAAACAUUCUGCCGGUGAACAUUUGUCUGUGGUAGCAAAUGAGAAGCUAACCGUAGAAGUGGAACAGUUAAAAACAGCAUUGAAGGCAACUUCAGAAGCUCUCUUCAAAACAAGAAAUGAAAUUAUUACUGCUAAGAAGCAGUCUGAAGAACUUAAAAAAGAAUACGACCUCCUUGUAAAAGAACAUGAAAAACUACAGCAACAAACAAUGGGAGCCUGCAGUAAGAAAGAUCUUUAAAGCAGAACAAGAAUGUGCGCAGCAACCUGAAUUGUUUGUUUGGUUGGUUUUUACUUUACAGGUAUAUAUGGAAAAGCUUUUGGGGUUUUUUUUUAAAUAAAUUUACUGCAUUCAUUGCUGAAAUUACAUAAUUUAACAAUUUCCUAGACCUUUUAAAUUUUGCAGCAAUGUUUUUGCCAAAUCUACGUUAGUCAUACCAAAAACUGCAGUGAUUCCUUGUUACAAACUCUGUUUGGUUACAAAAUACUGAUGAGUUCAUACAGUGGAUUACUGUUCAAACACCACGUCUACAUCUCUGGGUGCAAGGAACUAUUCAUAAGUUUACACCAUUAAGUGGUACAUUGAAUGCCAAUAUGUGUUAUUUUUUUAAUCCGACAAGGAGGAUAUAAAUCAUUUUAAAGAAUUCUUAGUUGCUACUCUGAGAUAUUAUUUUUAAAAAAAGGUUUAGAUCCAAAGUAUUGUCCUGAUGUGGAAAUUACUUUAUAUAUUACUUCAAGCAUAAGAUUAAGAUGAAUUAAAUCCUCUUUGCUAGAAAUGAUCAGGAACGUCAUCAAAUUUGAUCAGUACAAGAAUUAGCAUAGUGACGUUAUCUAACCAUACAGGUGAAAUUAGACAAUCGGUAGGAAUAAUGAAAUUGGUUCAAAGCAGCCUGUCUGAGCCAGAUGUUUUAAGACUACUGUUCUUAAAAUAACCUGCUGAUUUCCCCAUUUGGGGAAUUUCUGCCCAACCACAUCUGGUGGAUGUCAUACCAGAGAAGGAUUGUGUACUUUAUUUUUAUAUAUUGAAGGAGAUCUAUAAAUUUAGUUCCAGUCUGUAAUUUUUUUCACUUAACAUUUGUUCAAGAGUUUGCAUAGGUAUCUGCCAGGAUCUCAUGUGUCAAGGUAGAUAAUGCUUUGGAGGGGGGGGGGGAUUAUCAGUGUUUACUAAGUUGCCUUUUCUGUGAUUAAUUGCACUGUUCUUAUGCUGGGUUGGAUUCCAACGUGUUUUUCCAGAGGAUACAAACAGAGGUUUUAGGUAAAAAGAGGGGCUCUUCUGAGGAAGUUCCAGAAGUUCUCUUAACCGUCCUGAGCAACUUUACAAAGAUAAUUUGCAAGCGCUGAAAAUUGUUUUACCAUUUGCUUCUGCUAUCACAGGGAAACGCUGCUGAAUACAAACCUGAAGGCAGCUUACUGCUUUCAUUAUUCCCAUUUGAAAGGGUUGCCUUUUCCACAUUUGUGUCACUAUUUUACUUGAAUGUUUGUUUCUUAAUAAAGAGAUGUUUAAACUUU